AUGAAUAAUUUGGUAUAUAUUCCCUUUAGAAUAACCAAAGAUAUAGCGAUAGGUGAAGAAUUAAGAAGAGUUAUCAAAAGAGAUUAUUACCAAAGUCCCAAUAUUUUUGAAAAUGAUUUAACUCAGUUGACUAAAAUUCGUAAGAAGAUAGUGAGUUUAAAGGAUGAACAAGUUGAUAAGUCAUUAGAGAUCUUUUUGAGACAAUAUUAUGUCCAAGUAGUCAAUUUGACUAAGAAAUUCAAUAAUGAAAUCAUUAUGUUCGAAUGGUAUGGUACUUUGGGCUAUGAGCCUUCAGGGCCCUACAAAUUAAGAUCACUCAAAUUUGAACAGUACAAUGUCAUUUAUCAAUUGGGGAGUUUCUUUGCACAAUUAGCAAUCAAAGAGAAUCGAUUCACUGAAGAAGGAUUGAAGAGAAGCUGUAAUUACUUUCAAAUGUCAGCUGGCUGUUUUGAAAUCUUGAAUGAAAUCAUUAACGAAGAUAAUUUUGUAAUGGAUGAAUUCUCUAAUGACUGUUUACAAUUUUUGAAGUAUCUAAUGUUAGCACAAGCUCAAGAAACAAUAUGGCAAAAAUCCAUAAAUUCUGAAAUGAAAAACAGUAUAAUUGUCAAGUUAUCAAUAGAAACCAGUAACUUAUAUUCAAAAUGUAUUGAAUAUGGAAAUAAAUCCGAUUUCAUAAAAUUAGAAUACAUUAAUCAUUGUACUAUAAAACAUUAUCAUUUCCACAGUGCUUCCAAUUACAGAUUAUCCCUUAUGUCUUUAGAAUCUCAACAAUAUGGUCAACAAGUCGCUUAUCUUAGAAAGAGUUUGGAAUUGAGUGUCAAGGGAUUAAAGUAUCAAAGGUACGUUAAGAAUUAUGUUGUUGAAGAUUUAAAAGGAUUGAAUGAAAUGAUUGAAGACAGUUUGAAGACUGCUGAAAGAGAUAAUGAUUUAAUCUAUCAUAAGCCAAUUCCAAAUGAAUUGCCUGUUACUCAAGGAGCUUUUGUUGUGAAUACCAUCAAAAUUGAAGAAUUAAGAAUACCUUUGGAAAGUGAUCGAUUGUUUUUGACAAACUUAUUACCAUAUAAGAUCAUUCAAAUCUCUUUGGCUUAUAAAGAACGUCAAGAUAGUUUCAUUCUUCAAAAGAUCUUAGAACCUUUACAAUCAUUAAAUAAAAUGAUGAACCAUUUUUUAACUGAACGAGAAUUACCAGCAUCUAUUGAUGCUUUACAGAAACCGGAAAAUAUCCCUGAACUGAUAAUCCAACAUAGUCAAGACAUCAUCAGUUAUGGUGGUGCUAAAGCUAUUGAAAAUUUAUACGAUACUAUCUUAAAUCUUUCGUCUGAUUGUCGAGACAUUCACGAAGGAUGCAGUUCUAGAUUGACUAUUGAAGAAGACGAAGAUGAAUUCUUCCGUCAAAAGUACAAUGAAUUAUGGGAUAGGCAAACAAGUAAGGCUGCGGGUGAAUUACUUUGGAAUAAGAUUAAUAGUAUGGAUGAUUAUCUCAAUCAAGCCGAUAAGGCUGAUGAUAUCAUCUUGAGUAAUUAUCAUCAAAUCAAAGGUUAUUUACAAUUAUAUCAAGGAGGUUACGAAUCUUUGAGUAAAUUUAUACCCAAUUCCACAUUAAUCUCCUUGAAACCAGACACAAGAACAAUUCUAAUUGAUAUCAGAGAAGCUUUAAAUGAAACACAAGAAUUAGAACUUUCACGUAAACAUUUCUUGAAAAAAUUGGAGAAUAAGAGUAAAGACAACAACAUUUUACCCAAGUUAGUGGAUCAUUUCAAGAAAAAUCAAAUUAUUGAAAUAUCCGAUGAUACUUUCGAACCCUUAUAUUCUCAUCACAUUAAGGUAUUCAAUGAAGACUUAGAAUUCGUAGAAUGGCUGAAGAAUAAACAAAUAGUGUUGGAAAACAAAAUCGAUGAGUUGAACAAUUUGUUCAUUGCUAAUUUUAAUGCACAAGAAGGUAAUGAAGAAGCCAAUAAUGAUAGACGUAGUGUUCUACAAGUGUUAGAAAAUGCUUAUUCUCGCUAUUUACAAUUGAUCACCAACUUGAACGAAGCAGCCAAGUUUUAUAAUGAUUUCAAGACCAAAGGAUUGAAAGUUGUUCAUGAAUGUGAUGAAUUUGUUAAUAAUAGAAGAAAAGUUGCCAGAGAUCUAGAAUUGAAAUUAUCACCAAAUUCAGAACCGAUAUCACAACCAAGAAAUCAGUUACCCAAGUACGAUAAUGACUAUGACGAUUCAGAUUCUGACGAAGAAGGUCGAUUUGAAGGCCCCAGAAUAGUAACACCUAUCCCCAUAGUUGCCUCCCCCGUUCCUAUGGAUAGAAACGACACCUCCACACCACUGACCAAGGAAUUGAAUGAAUUGCAAAACCAUUUCAAUCAAACAAGGAUCCGUAAGUAG